CAAAAGAAAACCCUACUUAUUAAAGAUCAAGAAGAGAUAACAAGAAAUCUUAAAGAUUUGCAAAAUGGAUUUACCAAAUACAAAACAUAAUCACAUAAUCUUCUCUUUACAGCAAAAUGAGGAUUUGGUGACUCAUGAUCAUCCUUAUCUGAUUUCCUUCCAUCAAGAAGGUCAUACACCUGAUGAACAUCUUUCCAUGGUGGAUGGUAUGUGUAAAACUAGCAUCAAUCUUCCUUCAAGCAGCACAAGGAAAAGGGCUGGAUGCCGAGAAUCCAAUAAGCCUACUUCAGCUUCUACUUGUGGGGGAGGAGAUGGUGAAGAUGAUCAAACACAGAAGAAAAUGGUUCACAGGGAGAUGGAAAGGCAGCGGAGGCAAGAAAUGAGCCAGCUUUAUGCUUCACUUAGAGGUUUACUUCCUAUUGAAUUCGUAAAGGGAAACCGUUCGGUGUCAGAUCAUAUGAACCAAGCAGUGCAUUACAUCAAACAAAAGGAGGAAAACAUUAAGGAAAUCAGUACGAAGAGAGAUCGGCUUAAGAAACCUUUUGAUACUAAUGAAAGCUCGAUGAAUCAGUUAUCCAAUACAGUCUCAGUGAAGUUCUGCAAUGGGGGAGUCGAGAUUUUGAUCAACAGUUGCUCGAUUGAAGAAGGGUUUGCCCUUUCACAAGUACUAGAUGCAGUUAUGGAAGAAGGCCUUAACAUAGUUAGCUGUAGCUCAACCAAAGUAAACAAUCGGCUACUUCACUCUAUCCGAUCUGAGGUAAGUGAGAAGGCAUUCAUUGAUCCAUUAAUGUUGCAACAAAGACUAGUGUUGGUAGCCAAUCCUCAGUCGAAUUUCAUUUAAGAUCGUUCUACUUACAAUUUUAAAACUAUGGUAUUUUUAUUUUCUUUUUCCAGCUCGUAGGAGAUGUCACAAAACACAUUUAUUUGACCCUUCGCAUGAUUUAUUUUGUUGUGCAUAAC